CCACCUCCUCCGAUAUUCCCCAUACCGGGCGUAGACGACGCAUCAUGGCGUGUAAGUCACCUCCAUCUACUCUUACGCUCGCUUUACUCCACAAACCAGGCUCCAUGGACCGGAUGCUGGUCGCUGCUCGUCCCAUCCCCAGCCUCAAAGACCGGACGUAUUCCAUCGAUAUCAGCGCCGGCAACCCUUCGGAUCACCUCUCUCGGGUACUCUAGGUACCUUCGGUGCUGGAGACUGCCGCCGUACAAUUCGGGGCCAUCGGAACGCUCGCAAGUCGCUGCAAGCCUCGUGACCGUCACCGCGGACCAAGCCAUAUUUCACGAUCGGACCUUGCAUCUACAAAUUUCCUCUGGCGACCUGUACCGACUAGCUCGUCCGGAACACCUCCCAGUACACCUACACCCAUAUAAAGACAAGCCCAUGAC